AUGGCACAGCUAUUCGCACCGUUUCGGGUUAAUUGCUUUCCCCUUUGGGAUAUUUUCUUUGUUUACGGUUUUCCGUAUUGGAGCAUUAUCAGAUCCCUGCAUUUUUAUUACGUCAUUGCCGCAAAAAGGCAUCCAUCAAGCCCUACUGUCACGUGUGUAGGGCUUGCAGAUUUUUUCGAGAUAGGGCUUGAAAACCCUAUGGAAGCCAAAAAAAAAGGAAAAAAAAAAGGAAAGCGAAAAACUCGCAGAUUGUUCUUUUUUUCUUUUUUUGGAGGUCAGUUUUCCUUACUCGAGAUCAAAGAAUGUUUUUGCACCGUAGCUAAAAAGGCUGAAUUUCCUUCCUGGCUCCAUUACAGACUGUCUAUUUGUGCUGCUUACGCAAUAUCGAACCCAACCCAAUCUUUGCAAAGCUUGCUUUCCUCAAUACAGAAGUACAUACGUAGACACCCUUCAAUAAUCAAGUCAAUUAAAAAUAAAGGUACAAAAUUAAAUCCGCUAAUUUCAUUUUUCGUGUUUGGCUAUAAUUAUCGAAAUAUUGAAAACAAACAACAAGAGACUAGCUUUAUAACCAAACGCUAG